GCUCUUCCCUCUGGACAUCGCCACUGUGAAGAAGCUCCACCGCUUUCUGGACAAGGCUACCCUCAAAUCCCUCUGCAGGAGGCUCAUCACCCUGAACUUGUGUGCCUCGAUGAAGCUGGAAGUCCACUUUCAGCAGAAACAGAAUGAAGACUUGGAUGAUGAAGACUUUUGUGCUAUUGGUGAACAAUGGGCCUUCCAAAGGAACAGCAAAAGAUGCUCCCAAAUUGGUUCAAAUGAAUAUCUUGGAGAGAGCUUGCAGAGAGACUUCACAAUGAAGAAAUUUUCCAGCCAGGAAAAUAUUAGCACUCAUUUGGAGGCCAGUUCACUGCACAGCACCGACAGUACUGGUGGGACCUUGGCUCUUGUGGUCAUGCCACCCCAUUCAUCCUCCACCCAGAACUCUCCAACCUUAACCAACUCUAUCCAAAGCUUGAGCAACCAUUCACCAACAGCGCGGUCUUCAAAUGAAAAACACAAGGAAGAACCCAAGAAACGUCAGACAUGGACUUUCCUCAAAAGAAUCAAAUCUCUGGGAAGGAAGGACAAGGAGAAAUUGGACUCUGCUAAAGCUCAAGUUGGGGAUAGAACUCACAUUACGUCUAGUUGGAACUCUUUGAAGGACACCAAGGAAUCUGUCUCUGGGACGGAGGUUGUAGUAGGAAAUGAAAUUUCACGUUCUUUCUACCGCACUAAAACUCUUCUCUCAACAGGCUGUGGGACUAAUCAGGCUCUGGCCUCAGUUGGAAACAAGCUGCAAUAUAAGCCCAAACAUGGUAGCAUUUAUUUAGAGGAUUAUGAAACAACUCUGAACAAGAAAUGGGAUGCCAGAAGGUGGGAUUACCAAACUGAAUUUAAAAGGGAUUCUUUAUUCCACAUCCCAGGGGACUGUAUACCAGGCACUUUCCCCAAAUCUCUCUCCAUUGAAGGUUUAUGCCCCUUGGACAGCAGCUGCUUGACAGACUGGAAAUCUAGCCCCAAAGCCUCAAUCCCUUUGGCAGGUGGAAUUGAAAUCAGCAGUAGUAUCCUUGUGGACAACUCUCCUGGUGCCCUGGAAUACCGACCAAGGAGCCCUUCAAACUGUUCCACAUAUAGCUGCACCAGCCAAUAUGAUAAUGUUCCUGAAUUUGGGAGUGGGGAUGACAUCUUUGAUCUGCACUCGGAAGAGAUCUUUAAAAACCUAGAUGACAUCCUGGAAUGUAUUUGGGGGCUCCAGCAAAAAAUAGAGUUCUGGUCAAAGGCAAUUAGGUUGAGCAUGGAAGAUGAAACUAUUGAGGUGGAGGAAAGGGAUGAGGAGUCAGAUUCUGGAGAGGAGCCCACCAACCUGAACUUGGAGAAUCAUUCCAUGUCUGACGUUGGCACUUCCACCAGUGACUUUGAGAACACUCCCCACUCUUUGAAUGAGACUGAGGAUAUAGAAAUGCGGGAGCGGAGAGACUCUGGAGUGGGUGCAUCGCUUACAAGGCCUUGCAGGAAACUCUGCUGGCACAGUUUCCAGAACUCCCACCAGCCCAGCUUAAAUUCGGCCUCCUUGGAGAUCAGCCGCCAGUCAGCAGCUCAGCUCAACCUUCUCCAGAAGUGCUCCCUUCUCUGCCUCACUGCCAUCAUGGAGAAGUACUCCAUUCCCCACAAGCUGUCCUCAUCCUGGACUAUUCCCAAGUUCAUGAAGAGGAGCAAGCCCCCAGACUACAAGGGCAAGAUGGUCUUUGGAGUCCCAUUGAUUGUCAGUGUCCAAAGGACGGGACAGCCCCUACCCCAGAGCAUCCAGCUGGCCAUGCGCUACAUCCGAAGCCAGUGCCUGGACGAGGUUGGCAUUUUUCGCAAAUCUGGGUUAAAGUCUCGGAUCCAGGUCCUCAGACAAAUGAGUGAAACCUCUCCUGAUUCUGUGGAUUAUGAAGGGCAAUCAGCCUAUGAUGUGGCUGACCUUUUGAAGCAGUACGUCCGUGAUCUCCCAGAGCCUGUCUUCACCAGCAAGCUGACGGACACAUUUCUGCAGAUAUACCAUUUUGUCCCCGAAGAGGAGAGGCUGCAAGCUGUACAGGCCACCAUCAUGUUAAUGCCAGAUGAGAACCGGGAGGUUUUGCAGACACUGCUCUAUUUCUUCAGUGAUGUUGCCUCUUCCAAGGAGAACCAGAUGACAGCAGGAAACCUAGCUGUAUGCCUAGCCCCCUCCAUUUUCCACCUCAACAUCUCCAAGGGCACUUCUCCAAGGUUGAUUCACAAGAGGGGCACGAUGGGAAAACUGGACCAGAAAGACCUGAAUGAACACAUGGCUGCCACCCAGGCCCUUUCCCACAUGAUUGCCGACUGCAAGAAGCUGUUCCAGAUUCCCCAUGACAUGAUACUGCAACUCUCCAACUCUUACCUGUUAGCUGAUGCUCAGCCACUCUCUGUACUUGAGUUGAUGAGACAAAACCUGCAAGGAGAAAUACAGGAUUCCCACACAGACUUGGAAGCCAACAUUCAAGACCUGCUGAAGGAAUCAUCAGAACGCUUCAAAAGUUGGAUCAGCGCACCUGGCCCUCAAAACACUGAGCUGUCAUGCAAGAAGGUUGAGGAUGGGCAUCCCCUGCAGCUCUGGAAGGUGUCCACUGAAGUGGAUGCGCCGCCUCAGACGGUGCUCCAGCGAGUUCUCAGGGAAAGAGACCUUUGGGAUGAAGACCUGCUGCAGAGUAAUGUGGUGGAGUCUCUGGAAAAGAACACGGAAGUGUACCAUUAUGUGACCAAUAGCAUGGCCCCCCACCCACAGCGGGACUUUGUUGUUCUCAGGACGUGGCAUACAGACCUGCCCCGUGGGGGUUGCCUCCUUGUUUCCUUAUCUGUGGACCAUAAGAAGUUGCCACUGGAAGCUGGAGUCAGGGCCACGGUGCUUACCUCCCAGUAUCUGAUGGAGCCCUGCGGAAUGGAACGCUCAAAGGUGACACACAUCUGUCGAGCAGACCUCAGAGGGAGGUCUCCAGACUGGUACAACAAGGUCUUUGGCCAUCUCUGUGCUAUGGAGCUGGCCAGGAUUCGUGAUUCUUUCCCAGUGUCCAACCCAUGUGAACCAGAAACAAAGAUCUGAAGACAUGCCACUAGAUGGGUAGACUUCAAAUAGUAAUGCUUUUGGAGCAGAACGUUGGAAUUGAACCUUUGCUUCAUGGAGUCCAGAUUCCUCCCUUUACUUUCUCUUUGUUCCUUUGUUCUCAAAGAACAUUAGAUCCGAGUCUCCCUAACAAUUGUGCUGGUGGUUACUUCUCCAUAAAUUACCUCCAGGAUUAGAAGAAUGCUACUGAACACCCUUUACUAAAAGACACGAUUGUGAAGAAGUUACUGGGCUUCUGCCUUGCUCUUGAGUUUUCAAUAUGCCUCUGGUUAUUGUGAGAACAAGAUGUUAGACUAUCUGGUCUGAUCUUGCAGAUCUUCUCGUGAUCUUCUGAGAAAUCUAUCAAUCCUGUUUCAGGGAAAGCGAGCUUUAAAACCCCUUUGAAGGACUGACCUGCUGUGUUGAGGGCUGUCCUCAGAUGAAGAGCACAUGGUGUUUAUUUAACCAGGCUUCAGGUUCAAUGACUACCAUCUCUUUACCUAAGGACUCAGUUUGUCCAAGCCAUUUUCCUGCCACCUUUGAAAAAUGCCCCAGUCAGGUUUGAGAGGAUUGGGGAAUCAGCCUCAGCACCGAAUACUGCCUUGCAGCUAUUUAAUUGCAGUUACUCUCUCAUUUGCAGAUGGGUAUACCUGUGCAGUGCUGCACCUGGGAAAAACCAGGGGGGUAGCAGAGGGGUAGGUGGAAGGAGGUCAGACAUGGCAAGUUGUUAUAAUGCUUAAGCAUAAACGAAUGGCAGUCCUGGAGACAGGAAAGGAGAGCUGUGUGUGUCAGAGGUACGAAGUUUUCAUUGCUGCCUUUGGCACAGAGACAGUGCGAGAAAGAACCAGAGCAUGUGUAUACUUGGUGACAGUGCCCAUAAUCUGUUGUUUGCUGCUCUUACCAUUUUGUUCAUGUUGACUUCCAUCUCUUCAGGGGUACAAGGCCAAACGGGAUUGAAAUUAUUCCAGGCUUUGUCCUCUUUAGCUUAGGUGGAUAGAAUGCUCCUGUUUCUACGAGUCAGUCUAAUCUUUCAGACUAAUGAGAAUUCCCCAAUAAUUUUAAGGAUUGAAAAGCAAGACAAUGGAGGAAAAAUUUGGAACUCCUGAACUUCUCACUUUUUUUUCUUUUUGCAUAAGAUAUAUGAAUUUAAGAUUGAACCCAGGUACCUGAAGCAGGGCUUUCAGGUCACUAACCCAAGUGAAAUCUUUGGGUCCAUGGAAUUGAGGAAAUCUCUACCAUUGUGUAGCUCACAUUUCAUUCAGUGCUAAUUGGUUUGGGGUAGUGGAACUCAGCCUUUAAUGCUACUGUUGGCAGAGAUGGUAUGUGUAGGUAAGCCAGCCUGCCCUUUAUGACCGCCAUCAUCCUGAAUACUUCAGGAAAACUUUUGGGAUGGGAAGAAGGGAAAGGGGAAAGGGAUGUCACUGGAACACCAGAAUUCUCCAUCACCUUUUUGAUACUCUAAUUCUUCUUAAAUUUACAGUUUGACCUUGGUUAAUACUGGCCUGUAAGCAUCCCAGUUUAUUCUCUAACCAGGGCCCAAUUAAUGAGACAGCAUUCCAAGUGGAAAGCAAGAAAACCUAAUCUGUUAGAAAUUUAGAUAGAUGUGUUUAUUUGUUAAACUCAGUUAAUUGUUCUUGCCAGCUUUCUUAUGGUAAGAAGUUGUGUGCUGUUUGUGGGGCUUGUUUGUAUUAUUGCUUAUGUUUGGGACUGUUAUUUUUUAAUCAACGUAAAUGUUACUUUUCCUAGCUAACUGUAAAUAUUGUACAGUUGGAAUAUUAAUUUAAUAUAUAAUGAGUGUGAGAACAUGUGAACAGAUGUACUUCCACCCACAGAAAAAGCUGUAUUUUGUAUUUAAUAAAUGUUUUUACAAU